AUGUCGUCCGACGAGAAGACACCUUCCAAGUCGAUCUUCGCAAAGCCGCCUGUUAAGAUUGUCGUGGGCAGCGACGAACGCGUUUACUAUGUCCACCGUGGUACCCUCGAGGUUCACCCCGCAUUCGAGGCUCGAUUGAAGACGUCAACGGAUGAAUACGAGGAAGCGAUUGAUUGGUCUGGUUUUGAUGAGCAGACCAUUGAUUGCGUGUUGAGCUUCCUUUAUACUGGAGGCUAUCAGGCACCUCAGGUGACCUCUGUGACAGUUGGGGAAGAUGAGGCAGGUGCGGGGGAAGAGGCCCCAGCGCAAGAUGGUGAAGAAGGCGAAGAACAAGAACAAGAAGUGGUAGUAGAUGAGGCGGAAGACGCGGAUGAGGAGAACGAGUCCUCCAUAGCCUCAGACUCGCCACCAACCCAGGCCAUGUCAGAGUGUGAUCUAAAUGACCGACCCCUCACUCCUCUAGAAUACUGCGAUGGGGUCACUCUGGCCACGGAGCACGUCUUGGCGCAAAAGGCCCCAGACCAAGGCCAAGAAGAAGAACCAGAACAAGAAACCGAAGGAAACACCGCCCCCGAGAUUUAUCUCCACGCCAAAGUCUACUCCUUCGCACGUCAACUCGACUUCGCAAAAUUGGAACAAUUCGCCCUGAACCAUCUGGCCCAGGUACUUGUUGCCCUAGAGCAAACAGACAAGGUCCUAUUCCCGUAUUUGGCCGAUGCAAUUCGACUCAUCUAUACAACGACUAGUGCCAUUGAUGAUGCGAGGAACUUGCUAUCUCAGUUUGUGGCACUUCGGUAUACCACGCUGGUUGGUGAAGAUCUGGACGAACUUAUCACAGAUGGAGGAGAGUUUGUGGUUGAUUUGUCACAUAAGCUUGCUCGAAAGCUCGCAACCAUCGAAUUGGCGUUCAAGAGGGUUGAGUAUCUUACCCAGAGGAAUGAUGAGUUGAGGGCCGAAAGUGUAGAGAAAGAUAAAGAGCUGAAGACCUUGAGAGAGGAGGUUAGACAUGGACCGGCACAGGGCUUUCCGACUUUCACGUAUCAGAUUUAG